AAAGUAAAUUAUAAAUUGGAAUAGUUUGGUUCUUUCCUUUCAUAUGUUAAAACCUUUAUGGGUCAAGAAGUGUAGGUGGUCGAGAUGAUGAAUGAGAACCAUUCUUUUGAAGAUUCUUUUACAUACCUUCCUCAUUUUUCUUCCACCAAAAAGAAAAUAGGAGGAUGGAAGGCUGUCAAAUACAUUCUUGGAAACGAGACAUUCGAGAAAUUGGCUUCUAUGAGUUUGAUAGCUAACUUGGUUGUGUACAUGCAUACACAAUACAACAUGGAUACUACAUUUUCAGUUGAGGUUUUCAACAUUUGGUCAGGUUUCACAAAUUUUCUUCCAUUAGUAGCUGCUUAUGUAGCUGAUGCUUAUGCUGGAAAGUUUAAUAUGCUCUUCCUUGGCAGCAUAGCUUCAUUUCUGGGCAUGGGAUUCAUGUCUCUAGGUGCUGGUGUACCAUCAUUAAGACCUCAACCCUGCUCAACUCUUUAUGAUUGCAUACCAACAAAACCAACAAGCACACAACUCGCUGUUCUAUAUGUGGGACUUGGAUUUUUUGCAAUCGGCUCUAGUAGCCUUAGACCCUGUAACAUUGCCUUUGGAGCUGAUCAAUUUGAUAUCACCACAGAAAAAGGAAGAUCUCAAUUAGAGAGCUUUUGCAAUUGGUGGUACUUUUUAUUCACAGUAGCUCUUUUGGUAGCCCUCACAUUAGUUGUCUACAUUCAAACUAAUGUAAGCUGGUUUCUUGGUUUCAUCAUUCCAACUAUUUGUUUUGCUUUCUCCCUAACCAUCUUCUUGUUCGGACGCAACACUUACGUCCGGUUAAAGCCGAAAGGAAGCAUCCUUUGUGACUUAUCCAAAGUAGUUGUUGCUGCCAUUAGGAAACACCAUGUUGAUAUGAAGAAUGACUCUGAACUCUCAUUUUAUGAUCCAUCAGAAGAAUCAAUUCAUGUUAAGCUUGCUCACACAAAUAGGUUCAGAUUCUUUGAUAAAGCUAGUGUGAUCACAAACAGCAGUGAAAUUGACAGCAAUGGAAAAUCAAUUGAUGGUUGGAGGCUAUGCAGUUUACAACACGUGGAAGAAUUGAAAUCUAUAUUAAAUACUUUACCAGUUUGGGUAGCAGGAAUUAUAUGUUUUCUUGCAAUGGGACAAACAAGUUCUUAUGGUACUUUACAGGCAUUGCAAACAGACAAAUCAAUUGGAAAAAAUUUCACUGUUCCAUCAGCUUGGAUGGGAUUAGUACCUAUGAUUGCACUUUCCUUAUGGAUUCUACUCUAUGAGAAAAUCUAUGACCCUUGGACUAAGAAAACAACCUUAAAAUAUAAAAGGUUGUCAAUUGAACAUAGGUUAUUAAUAGGAAUCAUUUUAUCUAUCGUUUGCAUGGUUGUUUCAGGACUAUUUGAGAUUCACCGCCGCGGUGCUGCGAAAAAUGGAACAUUUGAAUCAUCUACAAGAAUUUGGUGGCUUGUGCCACAGUUUGCUUUGUCUGGUUUGGUUGAAGCUUUUGCAGCAAUUCCUAUGAUGGAGUUAUUAACAUCAUAUUGGCCUGAGAGCAUGAAAACGUUAGGUGGGGCAGUGUUUUUUCUAAGUUUAUCAAUUGCUAGUUCAUUGAGCAAUGUUCUUAUAAAGAUUAUUAUCGGGGUGACUAAGAAGAAUGGUGGAACACCUUGGUUAGGUGGUAAUGAUUUGAAUAAGAAUAGGCUUGAGUAUUAUUACUACACUAUUGCUGUUCUUGGAGGGUUGAAUUUGUUGUACUUUUGGUUUUUUGCUCGACGUUUUCUAUCCAGUGAGGUGAUUCAAAGACAAAGUCAAGGUGAAGUAGAAGAUGAAGAAAAUGAAUAUCAACAAUAAGAGUCAAAUUUUGGAGUCACAAUGGAUCACUCUACUGUAUGGACUGUAUGGGGCAGCAAAGAGAUCCAUUGUGACUGUUAGAAUUAGAAAUUUGUCCACUGCCAGUUUUAUUUUAGUAGCUGUAGUGAAAAACAGAAUAGAGUUAGAUUAAUAUCUCCUUCUAUAACUUAUCUGCUUCGUAGAGUACUUAUUAUCAAGGGAAAAACUGAAGUGUCAAAGUACAAGAAUAUCUUAUUAUUAGUACUAUUAAGAUCUAACUACAAA